UGAGGAUUUUAGUAAACUUUUCAAGUAGCAAAUAUCAAAUAUGACUUGAUCAAAUUUUUUCCGUAACUUUUUGACCAUCCAGUGUUAAGAAAUGAAAAGGGGCUCAAGCUGCUUCAAUAAGCUGUCUUUAGACUGUAAAAGUGAGUAAGCUUUUUGUUUUUGUUGGUUUACGAAAACAAAACCAGUUUUGCAAUUAAAUCCUUUCUAAAUCAAGUGAAGAAUUAACCAGUGAUGUUGGCCUUGCAAAAUGCUGCCUUCAUCCAUUAUUAAAGCUUGAUAAGUCUUUCUGAUGGCAGAUGUUUGUAUCCCUUCUAUUUUCCCGUUGCUUUCUGCGGUUAACCCUUGAUAAAGGUUUAUAAUGAAAAGCUUCAAAUGUUUGACUAGUAAGCUGAAAUUCUAUAGAAGUCAAGCAGAAGUAAGUGCGCGAGAGUGACAAAGACUAUUAUUUCUCAAUCAAGUAUCCAUGUAAGUCGUUUUAGUCAGCUUGAUGUGGCCAUGGCAUCACCGUACGUCUAAUGACUUCGCACUCUCCAACAUAGUCAUGUCACCAUCGCACUGGUUGAACCGCGUUUCCUAGCUCCGCAGGGUGCUAUUAGGCAGCAUAUUUAAUCAAACACAACCACGAGUGUUGUAAUAUUUGAGAGAUAUUGAUACUCGCCACAGUAUCCCUUGUCAUUUGCUACGAGCAACACAGCGGUCAUCGGCUGCCUCGUGAAAAUGUCUUCUUGGUUUUACUUCGUUCAUCUUCUGUUCUUCUUCCAAUAUACACAUGACGCAAAAGCAGCAAUCUCGCUGAAUGGUGAUGGCUACCUACGUUACGAUAUUCGAAGUAAGCCGUACAAUCCGAAUGUGAACAGAAUCAACGUUGAAUUUAGAACAACUCAUCCCUCAGGAGCUAUCGUAUACUUGAUUGGCAGUGGCAGGGAUCUGCUCCACUUAGACCUCGCUCAAGGCACGCUGAGACUGAGAUUGAUAAAGAACCAGAAGACCGUGAGUGAAGUGAUGAUUGGUAGAAAACUCGAUGACAACAUGUGGCACAGCAUUUCCAUACUGAGAAUCACGCGGCUUUUGAAUAUCAAACUGGAUAGCGAGGCUGAGCGGAACAUCCUAAUUCCAGGAUUUGCAACUGAUCUGAAUUUGAACAGAAUUCUCUAUAUAGGAGGCAUUGGAAAACAACACAUGACGCCUGAAGGAAAGAUAACCACCAAAACCAAGUUGGAUUACAAGAAAAAGAUUCCCUUUAGAGGAUGCUUACGAAAUAUCAUCAUUGAUAACAAAGAGCCGUUGGUGGCCCUGAGCAGGCGCAAUAAGAACCUUGUGAUCUACGGAGUGGUCACUCGUCCAUGCCAUGCGAGUGAAUUCAAUCCAAUUCAGUUCCCAAAUCCCCAAUCGCUGGUUGACCUCGUUCGUAUCCCUUCAUCUUUAGUGGAGAGGGAAAUGGACAUCAAGCUUAAAUUUAGAACAUUCGACUCUGAAGGGACUAUUGUGUUUGCAGAAGGAAAGCGGUGUCAUUUCAUUCUAGGCGUUCAAAAGAAACAGAUUUACUUAGAACUCAAGCAAGACGAUGUACUUCCAGCCAGAGUUGAAGUACAGGGCGAUGUAAACGAUGGCCUUUGGCAUCGAGUACGAGCAACCAUCACUCAAACAGCCAUUUCACUUCAAGUUGGCAAUAGCGCGCAGAUCAGUGCAUCGCUUCUGAAAACUACCAAUGGUUAUCAAUGCAGCAUCCCAACAAAGUUUUUGAUCGGCGGAGGAGCAAAAAGGAAGAUGAAGAGAGGUUUUGUCGGGUGCCUAAAUGAGAUCAAUGUCAACAGUAGGACGAUACAUGCCUUUGACAGUAGAGAGGUCAGCUUGAAGGGAUCAAUAAAACGAGGCUGCAAAAUAAAAGACAAGUGCUUCCCAUCGCCUUGUCGCAAUGGUGGGAAAUGCUUUCAAUCUUGGCACAGCUAUGGGUGUGAUUGUUCGAAAACAACAUUUUACGGGAAACACUGUAACAUACCAAUUUACAAAGCGACCUGCACAGGAUACAAAGCGAUAGGCUUAGAGAAAGAUUCCAAUUGUAUUCUGGAUUCAGACGGCACAGGCAGGCUGACACCGUACACAAUAUCAUGCAACGUCAAAGAUGAUGGCGAAAUUGCAACUGUGGUCCAUCACAGCCGGGAAAAGACAGUCAAUGUCACUGAUGGAGCUGACAUGAUUCGUGGCUCUUUCUUCCAUUUGGUUAACUAUGAUCUACCAAUGGAGAAGAUAGAGGCCCUGAUAAAAAGCAGUGUAAAAUGUAGGCAACAUCUACGAUUCGAUUGUUACAAUGCUGCCCUUUUGAAUUCACCGAAAGGACCUCCUAAUGCAAUGUGGCAAACAAGAACUGGUGAUGUGAAAAGCUACUGGGGAGGAGUUCCUGACGGAGGACGGGGCUGCAAGUGCGGCCUAACAAGAAGCUGUUUGCGUAGAGAUAAGCUUUGCAACUGCGAUUCACUGAAUAACAGGUGGGUUGAAGACUCAGGCUAUGUCGAGGACAAAGACCUUCUGCCCAUUACUCGAAUGCAUUUUACCGGAAUUCAUCGUGGGUUUGGGUAUGUCACCCUAGGACCUUUAGAAUGUUUCGGCCCCAGGGAAGUGGACGAGGGUGCCGAACGACCGCCGAGUGAAAUUCUGUCUCAGGUUUGCAUGUCUGUAGCCAUGAAGAACUACAUGACUGCAAACGAAACGCAGUUCGUGUGGAACACGCCUGUGGAGGAGGAUCACCCAGAGGAACCGAAUGUUUUCGAGGGCCAGGAGCAGGCAAAAGAAGUGAAUACUGUUACCCCCACGACAUUCACUGCAACGAUCAACCUUACACCAAACAACAACCCGACAAAAGAGAGGACAAGAAUAGACCAGGGGGGUAAUGCAGGUGCGCAAAGCACAAGACGGCCAGUUAGUGACAAUUUCAAUACAACAAUGUCCCUUCUACAGCGCAAAGGAAAGGAUUCCCCUUUUCAGUACAUAGACAACACUGGUGAAGGGCGGGACCUCUCUGUACUGGAGAUUAUUCUUAUCGCAUUUGCUGCACUUGCCGUUACCGUUUUGUUAAUAAAAUUUGUAUUACUUAAAGGCAUUGACUUCAUACGAAGACGCUAUCAAAUAAAAAGACUUUACCUCAAUGAAAGCACGCGAAACAGUAACGGUAAUGGAGUUGAUCAACCAGUGAAAGGAAAUGAACAGGGAGAGAUCCGAAUGAAGAAAGGAGUACUCCGAAAAAGCCGAAAUAACGAUUGGGUGUAAAUGAAAUUGUCGUGUUUCUUCGAACGUAUUAAACUUCUUAAUCUAAGAAACGAAGAAAACAGCCGAAAAUCGAACAAGAGUUUAUUGAGAUUGAAAGAUCGGGGAUGAAUUAACAAAAAAUUCAUUUUGAAGUUAAACACAUCUUAAUCUGUUUGUCAAUAGUAUACGGAUUACGAAAAAAGGUAUUUAAAAAAAUAUUGAAGCAAAGUGAUUGCAUGACUAAGCCUAAAAAUUGUUUUUGCCUCGAGGUCUAAAGGGGCGCUCAUAAAUUAAUGAAUUUUUUUUAAGAAUGGAAUUAAUCAAACGCAGCAAAAGUAGGUCUGAAAAUAGUUAAACGUUUUACAUAAUCGAUUGCAAAAAUUGACUGCAAGAAAAAUUCUGAAAUGGAUUUCAAGCUAAUCUGAAGGGCAUGGACAAAAAAAUUUUCGUCUCGUCUUUCGGUUUUGCCUCAAGGCCUCUGAAACCUCUUGGCGGCCCUGAUGCUGAGAAAAAUAGCGGAAAGCUCUCUUGCUAAUCCACAAAAAGGUUCCGGAAAGUGAGCCAGGAAGGCAACAACCUGACGUAGUUGUGUACGAAGAAUGAAUACACUACGUGGUGGGUCGAGGGGAACCCAUAAAUAUAUACAUAUAUAUAAAUCGAUCCUUUGUGUCAUAAUGUGAUUUAAGAUACGGAUAUAAAGGCAAGAAAAGUUUUGAUUGGAAAAAUUUAGAAUGGUCUGUUCUGCUAUUGUCUAUUUUAUCAUUGUUUAACUUGGCGUAUCAGGGCCCUGUGGUCCUACCUUGAAGCUUUUAUUAGAAUUGCCUUCGCGUGCAUUCUAUAUACUGAAAGCAAGAGCGAGAAUGUAUCCAGGCAUUAUCACUUUUAAUGGUUUCCAUUUCUAAAAAAGGCCCUGCAAAGGAUCAGGGGUCUGGAUCUGUGGCCAAAAGCUUACCCAACUGAAAAAUAAACAGUUUCUUGGCUGAAAAGAAGAUCGUCUGCAGCACAUGAACGGCAGGGGUACGGAAUAACGGAAUCAAGGUGCUUCUUAAGAAAGGUGCACUUUUGUUUCAGUGGUGGCCUCUUUAGAACUGAUCUGUAGAUCAGUGCAGUGCCCUGAGACAAGAGUUACGACUCCAAAAUCAAAUAGAAAAAUCCCAUUUAUAACUAGGAGGAAUCCUUUCUAUUGAAUCUAGACGGACCUGAUAAUGAAGCAGUGUUCGUCACUUGUGCAGCCGUCGCACUUUGUUAUUAACUUUAGGGGUUAAACGUUUUGCAAAAAGGUAAAUACUUAAUAAUGGUUUCAAAUUCGAAACAGCAACUCAAGUAUACAUAAAAAACAAAAAGCUACAACAGCAUCCUAAGUGUACCAGUAUUCUUCGUACACAGCGGCAGGAUAUCUACCUUUUUAUACGGUUAAAUGAGUCCGAAGUUCAAAUGGUGUUUACAUAAUAAAUUUUCUAAUGAAGCGAAGUAAAAAGUUAAGUUGGUAACACUUCAUCAAGAAUAGUGGACUUUUCCCUGCAGACCAGCUCUAACUAAAACUAAAUUUACUAAACAUUUACGUGGCAUUGAUGAAGCAAAUUUUACCGAAGUCUAAAAUGCCCAGCAAAGUUUAAAAAUACCCAAUGCUUACCUAGAAU